AUGGGUGACCUUGUUGAAAAGAUGGUCGACUACGUCUGGCCGCCCCCGCGCGAGUUCAAGAAAGAGCCUGGAGGCAAAAAGAACCCAAACAACUGGCUCAAAUGGGGUUUCACAAUCUACCGAACUUACUACGGCGAAGAGUCUGAUGAGGCUUGGCAAAUGCUUCUGUACUCUUUGAGGCACCAAACUAAAUUGGCAUUUGGAGGGUUCGAAGACAUGAAGGAUGCAAAUCAAGACGACGUACAGCGGCUUAGGGACUUGUUCCGCCUCGACGUUCGCGAGGAUGCCUCCGUACUCGAUGGUCUUGACGUUCGGGGCCUCCGAAAAUUCUGCAACGAUGAAAAGAACAAGCUGAUCCACAUCGACGACCAAGGGUGGCGACAUAUCAAGACAACCCUUUGGCCCCCCGAGGAUGAAGCAAUGGCCGAAUACGUCUUCGACUUCGUUCUACUUGCCGACGAAGCAGUUUUGAGAGACAUAGCAGGCGGCGAAUUUAUCGUUAAAGCCGUUUCAAUGCGUUGGAGAGAGGGAUAUUCCGCAUUCGGCUGGAUGAGGAUCCCUACCGGGUAUCUGCUCGAUUUGUGGAUGAUUCUUAUGUUUAAUGAUGAUCACACUGAGCGCGCACUGAGCUUCAGAGGACCGGAGAGCGAGCUCGACUAUCACAUUUGGCCAGGCGAUAUGGCCCUUGCUGAUACAGGCGCUUGUUCUGAGAUGGAAGGCAGUGAAAAGGACUCGGUCCCCGCUGUGAAAGAUUACUGUGGUGGCAUCUGGACCAACACAUGGUACCGUGUAGGCGUUCUUGAACCCAACAAGUGCCCCGCCGAAGAUAAUUGCGACUACAACGCAGCCAACAGGAGCUCUAAAGCCUAG